ACCCCCUGCCUCCUUUCUUUCCGACAUCCAUCCAUCGAUCCCCUUCCAUCUCCUCGCUGUCUCGCCCGAUGGAGAGAGAGAGAGCGAGAGCUCGCCUCCUCCCUUCCAGAUCGCCGCCGCCACCUCCCUCUGGCGGAGCUCGCCGUCGUCCAUGGCCUCCCCCACGCCCUACUCCUCUCGCCCCUCCCCUUCCUGGCCGAACCAACCAGCCCACCCAGCACCCUUCCUCCUCCAAGAAAGCAAAGCCGUGCCCUCUGACCGGGGGAUGAGAUCUGCGCCUGCGGGGAAUUUAUUGGCGCUCUCCGCCGGCGGGGCUUGGAGAGGCCGGCGUUCCCCGUCGAGAUCCGUCGCGCGCAUCCUCCAGCGCCACCCGCAGCACGUCGAGUACACCACCACCCUGGACCGCCUCGGCCUGGCCGACCUCUCGUCCCCGCACUCCCAGACGCGCGCCGCCGCCAUGGGGAUCAUGCCCCCUCCAAGUCCAAGCAGCGGGCAGCGCCGAGGAAACGACGCAAUGGUUCUCCCCAACACCCCGCCCGUGGACUACCCCACCUUCAAGCUCAUCCUCGUCGGCGACGGCGGCACCGGCAAGACGACGUUCGUGAAGAGGCACGUCACCGGGGAGUUCGAGAAGAAGUACGAAUCGACGAUCGGCGUGGAGGUGCGGCCGCUGGACUUCCAGACGAGCCACGGCAAGAUCAGUUAGGCACCGAGUAGCGAUUAAAUGGGCAUUUAAAUGGUAACUCGGCCGAGUUCUUGAAUAGUGGCUGGGACACGGCCGGACAGGAGAAGUUCGGUGGCCUCCGUGACGGAUACUAGUGAUCAUUGGUUUCGCUGCUGCCGAUGUGCCAGUCGGAGGUGCCGCUGCUACAUUUGGCGGAGCUAGUGCUACCGCUCCAAAGGGCAACCUUCAUCAGACACUACCUCAUAACAGUGCCUCAAAGUUCUGUGCUCCAUCUCCCCUCUUUCUAAAUUACUGAAAUAAAAACAUUGUUAAUACUAGUAGGAAAACAUGUUAAAUCUUUUGUGUAUAGAACUGGAAUAACCCUGUAGUUUGGUUCCACAGAGUGGUAAAUUCAACCUUGACGCUUUAUGGGUUUGUGUUCCUUUGUUUUAUUUCCCUUUUGAUCUGUAUUGUCAGUUGACUAGUUCUGCAUUUGUCUUUUUUUUCAACCUUGUUUCAUACUGGUAGAAAAUAUGGAACCGGAACAUCAUCAACUUUUGUGGGAAAUACUGUUUUGACAUUGUGACAAUUCAUCCUGGGACUCUUCUCUGAUCUCCAAUAAAGAGAAAAAACUUGGCCCAAUUUAUUUGUCUGCAAAUGAUUGGGUGUGACCCAUAAAGAAUUGCUCUGGUUCCUUAAUUUUUUAGGGUGGUUCCUCUUUUUUUACUGGUUCGUCCGCUCCUUCGUGAUUGAUCUACUGGUUCCGGCCGCUCCUUCGCGAUAGAUUCGGUUAACUCUUUAUUAGCCUUGUGGGUCGUAAUUCUUCCUCUACAGACGCGUAUGCUGCCUGAUGUAUUGCUCAUGCUCAUUCUGUACCGAGAUAGUCCUAAUAUCCGUAGGGUUGUAGAUUGAUUUCCCUUGAAAAAGCUACGCUUCUUUCCUUGGAUGAUAAGCAUGUUCGGCAUCUAUGUUUAAUCCUUAAGAUAAAUGGUCUUUAGUUUCUUUUGGUGCAUCUGCGUGCACAUAACAGUCUGUUAGUUUCUCUUUAUAUAAUGAAGAAAAUAUGCUGCUGUCGUUUGUUUAUUAUUAUCUAUCAUCUGUAGAUUGAGUUUUAGGCCACCGAUAUUUGUAUGUAUAAUUUCUUGUCUCUUGAAUGAAUAAUUUUUCUUUAGGUGUCAUGCGUCUUGUGUUACUACAUACAUCUGUCGUGAAGUGCAUGGUUCCGGAACUAUGGUAACCCGUAGUUUGCUCUACUGGUGAUAGUAGGAUGAUGGAAACAUUGCUACUGAAUGUAGUUCCUGUUUCUUCAACUAAUCAUCAUUUACUAGAGUUUCUCUUCUUCUUGCUCCUGCUUGGUUUUUGACGCCACUAGCUUGUACUGAAACAUGCAGACUUUACCUCUUGCUAGAUCCUUCGGUGGAGGUGACCCAUGUGAUGGUGAUUCGCUCUAGCAGUUCUGGUUCCGGCAGUGGUGGUGCUACACUGCUACUGCUCCUAUGAUGGCUACGCAUUGGUAGGCUCGGCUGCCUCCCUUGGCUGUCGCUGUCAUCAGCCUAGUCUACAACCACUUCCGAUGACUCAGGAGUUCCUAGGCCAAAGAAAUUUGAAGAAGCUCGAAACCCCAGUCAUCGACUCGCUUUAUAUGUUAUUGAACUUGUAAUGCAGAAUUUGCUUGAAAUUUUGAUGUAAUGCUGAUCUUGCUGGGAAUUGGGUGUAUAUUUACUUGUUGUACAUGUUAUUCAAUGUUGGGUGUACUUGUUAUUCAAAUGAUGGGAAUUUGAAUUUGUGCUAAAUGUAUUUAGUUGGAUGUGAACAUAA